AUGGUGCCAUUGCAAUGGAUCACUAUCUGUUGCCACCUACUUUUGACAGCUGCCAGCGCAGCUGGGCCUGCAGAGCCGUCGGCCUGCCAGGCUGAAGCCUCCCGCAGCUCAUCUCUCCUACAAAAGCACCUGGCUGGAUCGCAGGUGGAUGGAUCCGAGCAUGGGUCUCCGGGGUCUCCCAGCCCAACGGUUCCCAGCUCCCCCGUGGCCGACACAAAGCUUGCUCUCAUGACCCGUGCAAGAAGCCGUAAGCUUAAUCGUUCCGAUUCAGCGAGUUUGGAUACCAGCGUCUCGUCCAAGUUCAUUGAUGACAUUGCAGACGGCUUUGAAUCCAUCGGAGAUGGCUUUGAAGAUUUGGGCGACACCUUCGAGGACAUCGGAGAAGGCAUCGCAGAUGUUGGUUUGACGGUGGGUAGUGCGGUAGGCAAUGCGGCGACCGUGGUGGGAAACUCCGUGGUUGAGGCCGCAGAGAGUACCGUAGAUGCUCUGCCCAAUGAAAUCAAGGAUGCUGCUUCCACCUUUGGAAAUGCUGUUGUCGCAACCGGCAGCUUCGUAGCUGAUGUUGGCGAGAUCGUGGCGGAUUCGGCUGUGGAUCUUGCAGGUGAUGCUCUUGAAGUAGCAGAGUUUGCAGUGCAGCAAGGGGCAAAGGUGGGGAGUGCCCUCGGAAAUCGGAUUGUGGAUGCAGCGAAUGCUAUUGGUGACGGUGUGGAGAAGGUUGGUGCUUUAGCCGUCGGCUUGGCGAAAGAAGCAUGGGAACAAAUCAAGGCUUUCAUCAACUGCCUUUUGGAGGGAUUUUCCUUAUGCAAGCUGAUGCUUGACGACGUCUGCGAUUGCGAUGCCGGAAGUUCAAUUUCAAUGUCCACCUCAGGGCUUUCCAUGCGUUGCGUGUUCAAGGACAGGGGCACGGGGUUCAGCAGUGGCUAUGGCUUCUCUGCUGCCGGUGCUUUUGAAAUGGGCGACAAGAGCAGCAAUGGCAGGAUCAAGUUGCCAGGCCAAGCUUUCAUUCAGAGCUUCAAGCCCCAAGGCGACGAGUUGAAAGCACGACAGGUCGGCUUGAAGCACAUGAAGUCCAAGGCGCCUUCAGGCUCGUGCGAGAGGAAUUUGGACUUGGCAUUGGAGGGAGUUGUGCAGUUUGCGCCCAUCUUGGAGAUCUCCGUGAAGACCAAUGGCGAUACAGAAGUGGCCAUUGAAGGCUUAGCCAGAGCUUCAUUGGAUGGAUUAAUCAGCGCGGAAGGAAGCUGCGCCUUCAUCGCUGAGAAGCGAUUUCCGAAGGUCCCAAAAACCAAGGUGGUGUGUGGCCCAUUCUUCUGCAUCGCGAUCAUGCUACAAAUGGUGGCAGAGGUCGAGCUAAAGGGCGUGUUGACUGGGAGUGUUGAAGUUAGCGCGAGCACGGAUUUCCGAAUCCACGGCAAGGUUUUGAUAAAUCCUGCUGGCAAAGCAGACGUGGACUUCGAUCUUCCCAGCAUCGAGCAGAAACAUGGUUUUGGCUUUGCCGCCAGCGCAUCGGGGUCCACACGCAUCGGCAUGGGCCCAAACCUGGUGAUCUUCCCCAUGCCAGGUGUACCUGUGAGCAUCAAUCCCAUGAUGAAUGCCGAGCUCAGGGCGCAGGGCACCCUCAACAUGCCAAGCAGUUCCCUCUUACAGGAGGCUGCGCAGCAUGAACUUGCUGCACUGUCGCAGGUCAACAGCAGCAGAGCAAAUCAAAUCCCUCUUUGCGGUGCUGCUGCCUUGAACAUUUAUACGGAUAUCGAGAUACAGGGUUUUGGGAUUCCUGUGGCGUUCACCGCUUCGUUGAGCUUUCGCUGGCUUCAGGAGGAAUACUACCACCAGUUAAUUCAAGGAGCAGAGGUCUUUGUGCGGUUCAUAGCUGGUGAUGCCAUGUGCAUCCCUGGGGCAGAAUCAGCACUGGACUUAAUCAUGUCCGCGGCCAGAGCGGCAGCAAGUGCGUUGACCAGCUUGAUCCCAGAUCUUAGCAUCGACUUCUCCACACCUUCAAUGACACUGCUGGAGCCAACGAAGCUUUUCUGCUUGGAGGCUGUGAAGAGUCCAGGCUUCGAGAACGCUCACUGCUCUCAAGAUCUCGGUUGCAAGAGCACUGGUAGGCCCACCAGCCCAAUGGUAACACCUGUGCCUCCUGGACAAGUGAUGCGAACUACCAAACCAUCCGCCUAUUCACCCACAUGUCAUUCCAUUCCCAUGGGUGAUCGGUUCAUCCAGCUGGGCGAUUGGCGUUGGGCGGCGAUAGAUGACACUCACCUCUCCGUCUCACACAAGGAUGGCCAGACAGCCCAGAUCUACAGGAGUGAUGGUACACUUCAUCCAGGCCCUCGGACAAGCUACAAUGCCUGGGGCAGAAGUAUCGGUCCUGCCAAAGGAAUCGAUUUCGGGUUCCAAUUCAUCCAGAUUGGCAAGUUUCGACUUGGAGCAGUGAAUGACGAGUACUUCACUGUUUCGCAUCGAGAUGGGAUGACAGUCAUGAUCUUUAAAUCGGAUGGAACGGCUUACUCAGGCUGGACUGACCACUCAACCUAUGACCGCCCUCUUGGGGCCGCUUCUGGCAUCACUUUCGGAGACAAGUUCAUCCAGAUUGGACAGUUUCGGAUUGGCGAGGGUGAUGGCCAGCACUCACUGGUCACACACAGCGGCGGCCAAACCAUACAGGUCUUCCGGGGCGACGGUACAAAUCACUGGGGGCCUCGUACCGACUGGUCCCGCAGAAUCAAUGACCGUUUGCCAGUGCCAUGGACUUGCCAAAGCUUGGAAGAGAUGGCGCAUGGCACUUGCGAUCGCAAGUUUGGCACCUUUGGUGAUCGGUUCAUCCAGCUAGGAGAUUGGCGUUUGGCGGCCAUAGAUGACACCCACUUUUCCAUCUCUCACAAGGAUGGCCAGACUGCCCAGAUCUACAGGAGCGAUGGUACACUUCAUCCGGGGCCACGGACAAGCUACAAUGCCUGGCACAGACCCAUUGGGUUUGCCUAUGGCAUUGCCUUCGGGUCCAGUUUCAUCCAAAUUGGCUUGUUCCGAUUGGGCAUGGUGGAUGAUAAUCAUUUGUCUAUUUCGCACAAAUGGGGAUCCGUAUCGCAGGUGUUCAGAGGUGAUGGGACUCUUCAUCCAGGGCCCCGCUCGGACUAUGACCUUUGGAAGGUGCGCAGCACUGGCCCAGCUGCGGGAAUCACUUUUGGAGAUAGGUUCCUGCAGAUUGGACGGUUUCGGCUUGGCGACGCUGAUGGCUGGCAUAUGACUCUCACACACGAGGGUGGACAAACGAUUCAGAUCUUCCGCGGCGAUGGUACGCUUCAUCCUGGGCCUCGUACCGACUGGACUCAUCCAGUCGGGAAUCGUUAUCCGAAGUGGCAUUGUGGGAACAUCCAGCUGGAGUUUGGGACUUGCACUGGCAUCACGGUUGGUGGGCGUUUCCUCCAGCUUGGGGAUUGGAGAUUGGCUGCAGUGGACAACACGCACUUCAGUUUCUCACAUCGAGAUGGUCAGACCGCACAGAUUGCUCGCUCGGAUGGCUAUGCUUUUGAUGGGCCACGAACGGAUUACAACGUUUGGGGCUGGGAGGCCGGCUUGAACACUAAUGGUGGACAUCCAAAUGAGCAGGUGGCUCUUGGAGAUCACUUUAUCCAGUUUGGACAGUGGCGUCUCGGCCAAGUGAACGAUCAGCACCUUUCGCUUUCCCAUUCAGCAGGUCAAACCAUUCAGAUUUGGCAUGGCGCUGGGACCCUUCAUCCCGGACCCAGGACCGACUUCAACCUUUGGUGGAAGCCCCUAGGGGAGCCUGUUGGGGUCACCUUUGGAGACCGCUUCGUGCAGAUCGGCCAGUUUCGUAUUGGAGAUGUGGACUCCAAGCACUUCUCCGUGUCUCAUGUCUCCGGCAAGACUGCACAACUCUUUUUAAGUGAUGGCAGUCUGCGUUCGGGGCCACGCACAGAUUUCACGACGUUUGGGCGUCCAUUGCAAGAGUGCCUUGUGAUACCGCCUUGA